AUGCGUUCUAUUUAUUUCGAAAAAAAUCUCCCUAAAAUUAUUGCAACAUUAGCUCUAAAAAAAAUUUGGCAAGGUGCAAUUUAUACACCAAUAGCACCGAUUGCUUACCAAGACUUACCCGAACCAAACCUACCUGGUCCCCGAGGUAUCAAAGUCAAAAACCGAGUCUGUGGCAUCUGCGCCAGCGAUAUACAUUUACUUUUUGUCGAUGUUGACCCAAAAGUACACCCCGCUGCACUUCCUGCAAAUGACCGUAUCUAUCUUGGCCAUGAAGUCUGUAGUGAAGUUACAGAAAUUGGCCCCGGUGUUUCAACAUUAGCUGUCGGUGACCGUGUCCUAAUGAAAUCACGCUUUAUGGGUUCAACCUGCCACAGCAAAGAAAUAGAACCUCUCUGCAGACAUUGCGAGACAGGAAAUUAUUGCCUCUGCCUCAACCGUUGUGAAGACGGAGGUAUACCCGGCAUUGGCGGUGGUUGGGGUGAUGGUUAUAGCUGCCAUGAAACUGAAGUUUGGAAAGCACCAACAGAUCUAACAGACGAUCAAGUAGCUCUCAUCGAACCUUUAGCUUGUAGCGUAAGAGCAGUACUACGAAAACAACCCAAAAAAAACCAAAAUGUUUUGGUCAUAGGCUGUGGCAUUAUCGGCUUAGGCAUUAUUCAAGCAGUUAAAGCGAUAGAACCAACCUGUAAUGUCUAUGCAGCGGCUCGCUACCCACAACAAAAAAACUUAGCAAAAUCCUGGGGAGCACACAUCGCGAAUACCAAUCUAUUUGAAACAGCUAAACAGGUAGCUGGCGCAAAAAACUAUCAAGGGGAUUUUGAUAAUAAAACAGCACUCGGAGGAUUUGAUAUCGUCUAUGAUUGUGUUGGUACAGAUACGACAAUUGAACAAAGCUUACGAUUAGCACGCUCAGGUGGAACGGUUAUGCUUGUAGGAGUCCACCUACAUCGAGUCAAAGCUGAUCUAACACCAAUUUGGCAUGAAGAAAUAGAUCUCAUUGGUGAAAUUGCCCAUGGUGCUGAACAAUGGCAAGGACAAACAAUAUCAACCUAUGACCUUACCGCUAAAUUUAUCCGUGAAG